ACGACGACUAUUAUAAUGGAUUCCAGCAGUAUUAAUGGCACCAGCUCAUCGCCUAUUAUAAUGGACUCCAGCAGUAGCAAUGACACCAACGCACCGACUAUUAUAUUGGACUCCAGCAGUAUCAAUGAUACCAAUGCACCGACUAUUAUAAUAGACUCCAGCAGUACCAAUGACACCAACGCACCUACUUUUAUAUUGGACUCCAGCAGCACCAAUGACACCAACGCACCGACUAUUUUAAUGGACUCCAUCAGUAGCAAUGACACAAACGCACCUACUAUUAUAUUGGACUCCAGCAGUAAGAAUGACACCAACCCACCUACUAUUAUAACGGGCUCCAACAUAAGCAAUGACACCGGCCCAUUGACUAUUAUAAUGGACUCCAGCAGUAGCAAUGACACCAACGCACCGACUAUUAUAUUGGACUCCAGCAGUAUCAAUGAUACCAAUGCACCGACUAUUAUAAUAGACUCCAGCAGUACCAAUGACACCAACGCACCGACUAUUAUAACGGGCUCCAGCAGUAGCAAUGACACCAACGCACCGACUAUUAUAUUGGACUCCGGCAGUAGCAAUGACACCAACGCACCUACUAUUAUAACGGGCUCCAACAUAAGCAAUGACACCGGCCCAUUGACUAUUAUAAUGGACUCCAGCAGUAGCAAUGAUACCAAUGCACCGACUAUUAUAAUAGACUCCAGCAGCACCAAUGACACCAACGCACCGACUAUUUUAAUGGACUCCAGCAGUAGCAAUGACACAAACGCACCGACUAUUAUAAUGAACUCUAAAAUUAGCAAUGACACCGGCCCAUUGACUAUUCUAAUGGACACCAGCAGUACCAAUGACACCAACGCACCUACUUUUAUAUUGGACUCCAGCAGCACCAAUGACACCAACGCACCGACUAUUUUAAUGGACUCCAGCAGUAGCAAUGACACAAACGCACCUACUAUUAUAUUGGACUCCAGCAGUAGCAAUGACACCAACCCACCUACUAUUAUAACGGGCUCCAACAUAAGCAAUGACACCGGCCCAUUGACUAUUAUAAUGGACUCCAGCAGUAGCAAUGACACCAACGCACCGACUAUUAUAAUGAACUCUAGAAAUACCAAUGAUACCAACGCACCGACCAUUAUAUUGGACUCCAGCAGUAGUAAUGAUACCAAUGCACCGACUAUUAUAAUAGACUCCAGCAGUACCAAUGGCACCAACGCACCGACUAUUUUAAUGGACUCCAGCAGUAGCAAUGACACAAACGCACCGACUAUUAUAAUGAACUCAAACAUUAGCAAUGACACCGGCCCAUUGACUAUUUUAAUGGACACCAGCAGUACCAAUGACACCAGUUGCGCGUCGAUGUUAACCGCGCACGCUGCGGACCAUUUUUUGGAACGUGCCUCAUCGUUAGCAGCCUGCAAUCAUAACGCCAACCGUCCGCUGCUUUGUGAAUUGAAUAGCAAUGGUUAUAAUCAAAUUAAACAACUCGUACAAAAAACCUUUCCAAACUGCAACAUCAGUAAAAUACGUCAUGUCUACGCCCCACAUAUGUACGGUAUGUAUUUGCUGCGCGAAGAAGAAAUGAAAUUGGACGUUGGCCAAAGUGUUCAGGAGAAAAUGCUGUUCCACGUGACCACCGAGUCCAGAGCAAUAGAGUCGUUAGAAAGCGGACUUGACUGGAGACGCACCAAUCGCAACAAGUUCGGGCGCGGUGUUUCGUUCAGCGACAACGCUGACUACGCCAACUAUUACGCUGAUAAUCACCAUAGCGAAGACACACGAGUGAUCAUAAUAUGUUCCGUACUGGUAAAAGACACGUACGUGAUCCCUAGAUGGGACAAUGGAGGCACCUUGAUUGUACCACCCAAUAGUUCAGAUACGACAAAUAGUUCUAACGGCUACGUGUACGUUAAGUUCAAUGAUAAUGAAUUUUAUCCUAUGUACUUUGUGUACUACGAGAGGAGACCCGAACACAUAAAUAAGAGCAAAUUUUCCCGUGGCAACAACCGCCGGGAUCGGAGUCGCUAUGAACCCUACAAACGUUAUCUUCACUACACCGACGAUGACUUCUGAUUAUUAGAAAUAAUUGUUUUUAUUUUUUACGUAACUAAACAAGAAGUAUUUUUAGAAGCAUUAAGUAUUUUUUGUGUUAUAUUUACUAUCGUACAAAUGUGUUCUAACUGUCAUAUUUUUGUUAGUUAUAUUCUAGUAAAGAUCAUA